GUCGCUCGCUCGCUCGCAGCACCGACAUGCCUCCCCUACUGUAUCGUCAGAUCAAUCAGAUCCAGGAGGACUAUGGUCCAUUUACAAUCCGCUGACCACGACCUACCUACACACUCACACACUUGCACACUCUCCCCCUUAACGCCUUUUGAAACUCGUCUCGUCCCCCUUGUCUGCGGAAACGGAACCUCACCCACGAACGCAAUCACGUACGACACAACACAAACAACACAGCCCUCUCUCUCUUCCUCGAACUUGAUCUGAUCGACGAAUACGUACAACAAGAAGGAGAUCUGGCAAAGGACCCCAGAUAUACAUAUCAUAUAUAUAUAAACAGCAAAGUCAACCGUACCUGGAUCUAGUUUACCUUGGAUCUACCUCCGGUCGACUCCCUCACAUCAACCGGAUCACAACCUCAACAAACUAGAUUGAAGCAAUAAUGUCCGAGAUUAGGAGAAAGUUGGUCAUCGUCGGUGAUGGAGCUUGUGGAAAGACCUGUCUCUUGAUCGUCUUUUCCAAGGGCAUGUUCCCCGAGGUCUACGUUCCUACCGUCUUUGAGAACUAUGUCGCCGAUGUCGACGUGGAUGGCAAGAGGGUCGAGUUGGCGCUUUGGGAUACCGCCGGUCAGGAAGAUUACGAUCGUCUUCGUCCCCUUUCGUACCCGGACUCGCACGUCAUCUUGAUCUGUUAUGCCAUCGACUCGCCCGAUUCGUUGGACAACGUUCAGGAAAAGUGGAUUUCCGAGGUCCUCCACUUCUGCUCGGGUCUGCCCAUCGUCCUCGUCGGUUGCAAGGUCGACCUGAGGCAGGACUCGAGGACUAUCGCCGAGUUGGCCAAGACCAGCCAGAAGCCCGUGACCGCUCAAGAGGGACAAGCCGUCGCUUCCAAGAUCGGCGCCAAGCAUUACAUGGAAUGCUCCAGUCGAACGGGUCAGGGUGUCAAGGAGGUCUUCCAGGUCGCGACCAGGGCGGCCUUGUUGGUCGGACACAAGAAGCCGAGGAAGAGCGGGUCGUCGAAGUGCAUCGUCCUCUAGAGAGCGGGAGGUGGAGCUGGGUGUCGGAGCGCAUGGUGGGGUGGUCUCGUUGACGGGAGUCUCUCCCUUUUUUUUUCCCUUCUAUUCUCUUCACCGAGUCUAGCACGUCUUCAUCCUUUUCUUUUGCCGAGUAUGGGUCUAUCAAGAAUGUUCUGCUUCUCUAGUUAUUAGCGUGUGAGAUGACGAUCUCGUCGCCCCUGCCUCCUCGAUCUUGCAAUCUAUCCGGACAACCACUCGCCGCGGUCGAUCCUCUCGGCGGUUUGGUCAGACAACGACAGGCUGCAACGCUCGACGAUCAUCAUACACGCGCGGCGGAGAGGAAAGAUCGGCAUUUGAUGCGAGAUAGAAUCGUGGUCGGGGGUCUAGUCGAGAAUCGUUUGGUCGUCGCAUGCCGUUGUAGGAUUAUAUGUCAUCGUUUGCUUUCUAUGUGCGAUCGAUCCGUACUAGCAGCUGACUUGGUGCCGUUUCACCUUUGACGAGGUGGGCGUGCA